CGCGUUUUCUGACGUCAGGCUGUUGUGUGUCGCCUACUGUGUAUCGACAGUUCGUUCGUGAGAGCGAGACGUCAACUUCGGGAGCUUGGAAAAUGCCAAUCUGUUCGGACCACGAUGAAUGGCGUCGGCAAUGACGGCGGGAACUGCGACAUACGAUUCAUUCUCCACCGCCCGACGCUCCGGCAGCUCGACAAAGGACGCCUUUACGGCCACAGCGAAGCUAUGGUACCGGCGCAUCGUGGUCGAGCUCGUAGGCGGGCGGAAUUCCUUGCCGCCAUCCAAGGACGGGCGCCGCAUCCCUUUGAGGCCGCACCGUCCAGAGUCGCUCGUUGAUGAAAGACGCGGGGCGCCCUACGUCUCCAACUCAAUACGAACGUCUCGCUACACCAUCUACGAUUUCUUUCCCAAGCAACUCAUCUUCCAGUUCACUCGCUUGGCGAACUUCUACUUUCUCUGCGUCGGCAUCCCGCAGACCAUCCCCGGAAUCAGCACGACCGGAAACUUCACUACCAUCCUCCCGCUUCUGUUCUUCGUGCUUCUCACCAUUGCCAAGGAGGGCUACGAUGACUGGAAAAGACACCGACUCGACAAGAUCGAAAAUGCGAAGCCGGUGACGGUUCUGAAAGGUGCAGGAGGCAGUCGAGGCAGACGGGGUGGGAAAUCGCGGUUUUGCGCCCCGCCGUCCGAAGACUUUGGGGUCCGCGGGCGGACCGAGACAGUGCGCGCAUCUCACGUCGACUUGCAGUGGCGUACGGUUAAAUGGGAGGACCUAGAAGUCGGGAACGUCAUCAGACUGACAAGGGACGAGGAUGUCCCGGCCGACAUGGUCCUCCUUCAUGCGGAUGGCGAAGAAGGCAUUGCCUACGUCGAGACCAUGGCCCUCGAUGGAGAGACGAACCUCAAGAGUAAGCAGGUGCCAGUGGCUUUGAAAGGGUGUGACUCAAUCGAAGGGAUAUGCAAUUGUGGCGCCGAGUUCGUGGUCGAGGAUCCCAACCCGGAUUUGUAUCGGUUCGACGGGCGGGUAACGGUCAACGGAGAAACGCUCCCUCUUACUCUCAACGAAGUGGUCUACCGAGGUUGCACCAUUCGAAAUACAGCGAGCGUCAUCGGACUCGUCAUAAACACCGGGGAGGAGACAAAGAUUCGCAGGAACGCGAACCGCCAUCCGAGUGCGAAGAAGCCAGCUCUCGAACGGAUGGCUAACAUGAUUGUGAUCGCCCUGGUCAUUUAUCUUAUUGCUCUCGUUGCUGGUCUUUCGGGUGGUUACGCCAUCUGGCAGCGCACCUACGAACGAGCGGCUUGGUACUUGACCGAUAUCUCGGUGCCGUACUCGCAUAUCAUCAUGGGCUACGCCAUCCAGUUCAACAAUGUCAUCCCCUUGGCUCUGUAUGUGAGCCUGGAGAUCGUCAAGAUCUGCCAGAUGCUGCUGCUGAAUUCCGACAUCGAUAUGUACGACGAGAGGUCGGAUACCCCGGCGAGGUGCAACACCAACACGAUCCUGGAGAACCUUGGCCAGGUCGGCUAUAUGUUUUCGGACAAGACCGGGACAUUGACAGAAAAUGUGAUGAGAUUCCGCAAAAUGAGCGUUGCCGGCACCACAUGGCUGCAUGAGAUGGACCUUGGAGGCGUCGGGGAGGUCGACAAUGCUGAGGCAUCAAAGAAGUCGGAUCCGGGGUGUCUACCCCAGGGCACCGAGCAUGGCACUAUCUCCGCGGACAGCGCCGUCUUCCCGGUGUCGCCAACCAUAGCAACUCGGCCCGUCAAUGGUCGUCGGUCCUCGUCGCACUGGCGGUCCACUGGCAGGCCCGAUCAUGUGCAGCCGGAACUCACCACGGCGGAUCUGAUGGAAUACAUCCGUCUUCGACCGGACUCGGCCUUCUCCAGACGCGCGGUGCAGUAUAUUCUCGCCAUGGCACUCUGCCAUACAUGUCUGCCGGAGAUGAAGGACGGGAAACUGGAUUUCCAGGCUGCCUCGCCCGACGAACUUGCUCUUGUGAGGGCGGCCCAAGAUCUAGGCUUCUUAGUCAUCCAGCGCAGCACACAAGCAGUCACUCUCCGGAUCUCAGCACCCAGCGAGUAUUCGGAGCGCACAUACCAGAUCCUUGACGUGAUCGAGUUCAGCAGCAAACGCAAGCGCAUGUCGAUAAUUGUGCGCUGCCCAGAUGGAAGGAUCUGGCUAAUUACCAAGGGUGCCGACUCCGUCGUUGUCCCGCGGCUGAGAAUGGCUGAUCUCGCGGCACAGAAGGUCAAGGAGCUCCGUGAAAGCCUCGAGCUUGAGCAUCAGCUACUGCGGAAGAGCGAAGCCCGUGAGCCGCGCAACAGCUUUGGAGGCCGGCCCAGCCUGACAAUCCGGCGGAGUCUCGCCCUCUCGCGGCACCACUCGGUCGCCGGGGCCAGCGGCAGCCGCCCCAGCGCAAACAGGAGCAAAUCCUUCGAAGUCGGCGGACUGGCUGCUAUCCCAUACGUCGAUUCUAGACCGUCGCUCAACGCUCGCACGGCGUCCCUUGAUAUUCUCCGCGCAAGAAGCAAGGCUCCGCAGACGAUUUCUCAGGCCGUGCCAAGCAAGUUUGCUUUUCUCGAGGAUCGGUCCCUUUCCGACGAUGCGGCGGUGUUCGCUCGCUGCUUCCGGCAAAUCGACGACUUCGCGACCGAAGGUCUGCGCACUCUUCUAUUCGCCCACAGGUCCCUGACCGAGCAAGAGUACCAUAGCUGGAAGAAGCUGUACCGCGAGGCAGAGACCAGUCUAGUCGACCGUCAGGACCGUAUCGAGGCCGUAGGAGAGAUGGUUGAGCAGUCUCUGGAGCUAAUCGGCGCAUCCGGCAUCGAGGAUCAGCUGCAACCCGGCGUCGCCGAAACCGUUGACAGACUCCGGCGGGCCAAUAUCAAGAUCUGGAUGCUUACGGGAGACAAGCGGGAAACGGCCAUCAACAUAGCGCACUCCGCCCGUAUCUGCCGCCCGGGGUCCGAUAUCUUCGUGCUGGAUAUUGUCAAGGGCGACCUUGAAGGGCAGAUCCUGGCUGUGAUGGAAGAUCUCCAGAUCCAAGCGGAGACAAACGCCUCCCAUGUCCCGGGGCACACGGUGAUUGUCGUCGACGGACGCACCCUGGCCGCGCUCGACGAACCCGCGGCCACCAAAUCCAAAGCGCUCUUCUACCGCCUCGUGCUCGCCAUUGACUCCGUGAUCUGUUGCCGCGCCUCCCCCUCGCAAAAGGCCCUCCUCGUCAGCGCCGUCCGCGCCGCAUCCUCGGCUCGCUUCACCGCUGCCGAGCGCCACCCGCUCCUCCGUCGCUUCCUGCCUACUACCUCGCCCUCGCCGCUGACCCUUGCCAUAGGCGACGGCGCAAACGACCUCGCCAUGCUCUCCGCCGCGCACGUCGGCGUCGGCAUCUCCGGCCGCGAGGGACUCCAGGCCGCCCGCGUGGCCGACUACGCCAUCGCGCAGUUCCGCUUCCUCGCCCGCCUGCUGCUCGUCCACGGCCGCUGGAACUAUGCGCGCACCGCCCGCUUUAUCCUCGCCACCUUCUGGAAGGAGAUGUUCUUCUACCUGCCCACGGCGCUCUAUCAGAGAGAGGUCGGGUACACGGGCACGAGUCUGUAUGAAGCCUGGAGCCUGACGGCUCUGAAUACCCUGUUCACGAGCCUGUGCGUCAUCGUGCCCGGCGUGUGGGAGCAGGAGCUGAGGGCCGAGACACUGCUGGCCGUGCCGGAGCUGUAUGUCUUUGGGCAGAGGAACGAGGGGCUGAAUCCGAGGAAGUAUUUUGCCUGGAUGGUAGCCGCUGCCGCGGAGGGCGUGUUGGUGUGGUGGUUUUGUUGGCUGCUGUACGGCGGGCUGAAUCCCGUCAGGGACGAGGGCUUGUUUGCGCUGGGGAACUUGGUGUUCUCGGUGAAUAUUGUCUGGACCAAUCUGAAGCUCUUGAUUCUCGAUACCUACUACAAGACCGACAUCGUCGUCGCCUCGUUCUUCAUCACCGUCGCCGGCUGGUGGCUGUGGCAGGUGUUUCUCGCCGGCGUGUACGCGCCGGGCGUCUGGCCGUAUGCCGCCAGAGACGGCCUCUUCUCGUCGUUCGGCCCGGAUCCGGCCUGGUGGGCGGCGCUGUUCGGCGUGCUCGGCCUUCUGACCUCCUUGGAGCUUGCCUACAAAUCGGUCAAGCGUAACUUGAUGGUGGCGGGGCUGUGGAAAUGGGGCAGAAAAUGGCUGAGGGGGUCGACGUGGAAGACGGCGUUCUGCUCGACGACGACAACGACGCGCGGUGAUUUCAUGUGGCCCGAGGAGGGCGCGAAGGGGAACCCGGAGGAGUGGGAUGUGAACUUGUGGCAGGUGAUGGAGCAGGAUCCGGCCAUCAGGGAGACGCUGCGCAAGAUGAGCAGUUUUGGGUAUCAGGAUAGAGGGGAAGAGGACGGAGACAGCAUUGGCGCUGAGAUGGCCGAGGAUCUGGUUUGAACUCUGAGGGUGAG